AUGGACGGCGAUGCGCCUACGCUUCAAGAAAUCACACAGCUAACCCGCCAGGAGCUUACCGCAAAGAGGGACGAUGACGCGAUACGUGAAUGCGGACGCGCAGCGCUGGCGCUGUUGACCACUGAUCCUGAACUCGCUACAAGACUGGCAUAUCAGAAACUACAUGACGUGCCGUAUAAAGAUGUGAGGACGUGUUGGCGGCGAUUGUACACGGAUGCAAAUCUAUGGACGGUGCUGAGGCUGGUCGAGGGCAGAAAUGAAGAGGCUGCAAAGGAGGCACAGCAGCAAUUGGAAUCAAGUGAGGGGACAGAGGAGGACUGGAUAAAUGAAACUAUCAAAGCCCUGGACAUGGCCCUUAUCCUCACCGGUGCCCCAGCAAGAGAAGACCUCGUCGAACUAUGGUUCUCUAGUCUCCAACGCCAUUUAUAUCCACACGAACCCUCGAGACAAUCACACUCCCCAUCCGAAACCGCACCAUUGCGACCUUGUAAACGUCGAAAACUCUCCGUACCAUCCCUGUCCAACAUGCCAUCCAAAUUUGUAACCAUCCUACCCACGCCCGCGCCCACACUAGAAUAUCCCAUUCCGCGCACACACGCCCCGAGUUUCGAAGCCUUUCAGAGGAAACUAGAUGAUCCCAACUCACACACCCCCCUCAUCAUCGAAGGUGCCAUUCAGCACUGGCCCGCGCUCGACGAACGACCCUGGAACAACCCGUCGUACCUGAUGCGCCAGACGCUCGGCGGACGCCGUCUCGUGCCCGUAGAGAUAGGACGGAGCUACACCGAUGAGGCGUGGGGACAGCGCAUCCUAACGUUUCGAGAGUUUAUGGAAACAUACAUGUUGAAUAGAUUACGUGUGCACGAUGCGCCUGGGGAAGAACCCACCACCACUACCACCAAGACCAACAAAACCCAACCCUCCAAAGAACAACCUCAAACAGGCUACCUAGCCCAACACGACCUCUUCACCCAAAUCCCCAGUCUCCGGCCCGACAUCUGCAUCCCAGAAUACUGCUACUGCACCCCGUCUCCCACCCCCAAACCCCCUACUUCCCCACACUCCUCUUCUCCCUCCUCCCCUUCAUCUCCCUCCCCCACCCCCACCCAACCCCUGCUAAACGCCUGGUUCGGCCCCGCCCACACAAUCUCCCCCCUCCACACCGAUCCCCACCACAACAUCCUCGCUCAGGUCGUCGGCUACAAAUACGUACGUUUGUAUGCGCCGUGCGAGACGUCGCGCUUGUAUCCGCGCGGGCGUGAGGCGGGCGGCGUGGAUAUGGGGAAUACGAGUGCGGUGGAUUUGGAGGAGGUGGGGGUUGGGGUGGGGCCGGGUGGAGAAGGCGAAGAAUUAGGAGCAGAGGAACGGAAAAGGGCGUUUGAAGAGCGGUUUCCCCGGUUUAGAGAGGCGCGCUAUGUAGAGGGUGUGCUGGGGCCUGGGGAGUGUUUGUAUCUGCCGGUUGGCUGGUGGCAUUAUGUGAGGAGUUUGACGCCGAGUUUCAGCGUCAGUUUUUGGUUUUGA